UAGGAGGUCUCACCAGUUUUAGAAACAUCAGAGGAAAUUCAAUAUUUGUGCUUCUUGCAUUCUCUUGUUAGAAUCUACCGUUUCAGAUUACAUCAAAUGGCAUGAUUGCUGAAAAUAGUUUCUUCAGUUUGACGAUAGACUUUCACGAGUUGAGUAUGAAAACUUUUAAGGGGACCUUGAUUUUGGUACAAUUUUAUUCCACAUUUGCCCUCGCAAAAUUCAUUCUUGUAGUAGAUCUUACUCAUAUGCAGGUCUUCAUCAGUCAUUAUGGUUACUGGUUAGCCGUUUUUUAAAUGGUAAAUCUUAGUGGGAUAGUGAUGGAAAUCAUUGAAAACGUUACAAUCAACGAGAACCUCGUCUUGUGGGGUAUGGUCAACGCUUCGAUGGGACUCACGAACGUCCCAACCAGCAGCAACGACAAUGACAUUUUUUUCUCUAAUGCGGAAGAAGAAAAAUUUGAAAACUUUCCCUUCUCAAUCAGCCACAUCUAUGAAGACACCUCCCUUCUCGACUUCUCCCAAAACACCUCGACUUUGGCCAACUUUCCCAACGCCUCAUCGAGUAACUCGACCCCAUCAGCGCCUUCUUCUGUGCCAUCUUCUUCCUCUUCCGCCACCUCUACUAGCAUCUACGAGACAUUCAUGGACGAAUCGCGCCACUGGGUCCAAAAGGUAUUGGUGCCCUUGGUCAUGUGCGUGGGCGUUGUCGGAAACAGCGUGUCCAUGGUCGUCCUGACGAGGAGGAAGAUGAGAUCGUCUACCAACAGCUACCUGACGGCGCUGGCCAUCUCGGAUCUGCUUUACCUAAUCUUCGUGUUCUUCCUCUCGCUUAAGCAUCAUCCGGAUAUGCAGCAUCCGAGACACUGGCUUUACUGGCAGCACGUCCGCUACGCUUUGUGGCUGACGGAUGCCUCGAGUAGUACGUCCAUUUGGCUGACGGUCACCUUUACGAUCGAGAGAUACGUGGUCGUCUCACAUCCUAUCAAGGGGAAAGUACUGUGCACAGUUUCGAGAGCGAAGAAGUUUGUCGUGGUGGUUUAUUGUGUCUGUUGGCUCCUGACGGCUACGACGCCCCAUGAAUGGAUAGUGGUGACUAAGACGAGAUAUCCCUUGCAGGAUCCUCGGCUUGACCUGGAUUAUAGCGCUUUAGGACGAGACCCAACCUACCGCCACUUUUACUACUGGUUCACAGCUGUAACUUUCAUUCUACUGCCUCUCUGCCUGCUCGUUGUAUUCAACGGAUUCUUGAUGCAAGCUGUAAGAAGGAGUAAACAGCAACGAAGGAGAAUGACGAUGGUUUCAAAGCGAGACCAUUACAGCCACCAGCAGGAAUAUAAGAUUACGGUGAUGCUAAUAGCAGUGGUUCUCCUGUCACUCCUGUGCCAGAUGCCCACGGCAGUGCUCUUACUUUACAGUACCGUGUACCAGCCACCUCAGGGAACGUCCGCCUACGCCAUUAUGAGAGGCCUUGGAAACAUCUUCAAUUUCCUGAACGCGAUCAACGCUGCAGCCAAUUUUCUUCUGUACUGCGCGUUUUCUGACAAGUUUCGGAGGACAUUUCUCAUCACUUUCUUCCCGUGCCUCUACAAGCAACACUUCAUCUCACACUCUUUCGUGGCCACGUCCAGCAGAGGUGACGCUGUCGGGGGAAGAAGAGGAAGAAGAAGAGGAACAGUGGGGAGGGAGCGAGAGGGGGAGGACGUGAGGGCAGGAGACGAAAGUCGAACGAGAAGUGACCAGUGGCGAGUGAGAAUGAAGGGAGGGAGAUCGUUGAGAGAACCGAUAGUAGGAGUGGGUGGCGUAGGGAGAGGAGACAUGGCUAACAAAAGGAGAGAGGAAGAAUGUAUGGAAAGAGAACGAGGAAAUAGCCCAGAAGACAAGAAAAGGCAGGGUCCCGUUGAUGCCCCAAGAACGAAAUCAGAUUCUUCUGGUUACUAUAAAAACUUGGCGUUUCCUAAAGGCGAGAAUCCUACAAUUAUUUCAGAAUUAUUCAAAGGCGCCACUCAGCGGGGUCAAAGUCCAUACCUCGAUCCGCUCACUGGCGUUAGCGACCAGAAAAACAAAAAAGAUGAAAUCCAAGAUGACUUUCUUAUUUGCCCUCAAGAUGGUGGCACCGUUCACAUGGGAGUCGCCCCCCUGUCUCCAAGUUCGAGUUGGCCAAAUUCUGGCAUGUCGAGAGGGGCCAUAACCUCUGAUUGCACUGGAGGUCAAGAAACCCUGGGACUUUGUAAAUCUAUAGCAAGUCAGAGAGAGGUGCACCCAAAAACAACUGAAAGUAUAACUAAAGCAGCGAAUGGGGUCCACAAGAAUACGUUGGUAUUAAACGCCUUGGUAUUAAACGCCUCUGCUGAAUCAGCAAAUAUUGGGACCACUACAGCAUUCAGAUUUAUAGACGACCCCCUUUCUGAUGAAUCCAACGUCAGCGUGGAUCAAAUACACUGAAAAACAUUACUUCAACCACAGUGAGGCACAGCCAAUGAUAACUUCAGUAAAAUGAAAGGGGCAGUGUUUAGGAUUAAUGCAUUUCAUUCCUAAGUGUUUGUAACUAUGUUUUAAGUGUCUACGAUGCUGAUUUCAGGUCACAUAUCCACAAGUCUUUAUUAUUAUUAUUAUUAUUAUUAUUAUUAUUAUUAUUAUUAUUAUUAUUAUUAUUAUUACUACUACUACUACAGAAGAUGAACUUUAUUCAAAUGGAACAAGCCCACAGGUUCCAUUGAUAUGCAAUUCAAACUCCCGAAGAAUACAGUGUUCACACGAAAGAAGCAACAGAAGGUAAAGCGAAAUACAGAAAGAGGUCAGUUAUCAGAAAAACUGAAGAAUUAACAAAUUAAUAAAUAAAAUAAAAAUGUAAGUAAAUAUUAAAAACAAGUUGAAUUGUAUUAGGUUAGUAAUGCAUUGAAUCUUCGCUGGAAUUUCUGGAGUUCCAAUUGCACUACAUCCUCGAUCAGGGAAAGGGAAACUGUUCCACAGUCUAGUGGUGUGAGGACUUCCGGAACUGAGAAGUUCGACAGCGAGGCACAUUUACCGCGUAGUGGUGCUGCUGUUCAGCGAAUCUGGUUGUUCUCGGCAGGAAAAUGAUAUCAAGGAUCAUCUGUGAAUGUGAAAGAUCUGUUAAAAUAAAACUUAUGAAAAGGUGACAGACAAUGGACCUAUAUGAUGCUAAUUUCAGGUCACAUAUUGACCAGAAGCCUGGAAUGGUUACCAUUCAUUUAUAUGACAACAGCAAAAGACAAACCAACGAUUUAUAAAUGGUACAACGUGAUGGCACUACCAAAUGUACCAAUUCUAAUUUUCUAGACUUUUUCGUAUGAAAUAUUAAAUUCAGGAUGGUCAGUCAGUGAAAACUUUAUAAUGAUCAGCUCACCUUUACUUUUUAAUAUUUGUCAUAAUUGUACUGACCUCAGAUAGAUAAUGUCUCUGGUUGGGUAAGUGUGUGUAGUGUCCCUCAUUAUUUUUCCAAAGAGUGGUCUUAUUUAUUAUAUUUCAUUGAAUGAGAAAUGUUGUGUGCAGUCUGU